GGUCUUAUCUACGCUAAUAACAUUCUGAACGAUAAAUUUUGCUCUGAGCCUGACGCCUGUCGACUGUCGAGUACUGUAAGUGCCUAAUGCCGAUGACCGCCAAGUGCUAACUGUCGACAUCGACAUGGCCAGUCGUAGUGAUGAGUGUUUUCGGCGGUGAACUUUGUCUUUGUGUCAUCGGAAACCAUAGAAUUAAGAUAAACGUCAUCUGACUGUGCUGGUCGUUGGUGUUGAAUUUUCGCCACCAGCUCAAAUGAUAUGAUAUAUAUAUCUGCUGAUUGUGAUUGAUUGGUUGUGCAAGAAUCGAGUUGGUGUUUAUUAUUGUUUUAUAAGUUUUCAAUCAAAAGUUCCAAAGUUUGAGGCAAAAUCGUUUUCCUAUCUUACCAUUGCCCAUAUACUUUUUUUUUACUGAAUCGAGUUAUUCGGUUUAUAUUAAACCAUUAGGUAUUUCUAUGCAUGUUGAUCAUUGGAUUUCUUUUACCCAGGAUAUGAUAUGGAGAAAACUCAAGAAACUGACACAACCGCACUGAUUUCUGAUAUAAAUGAUAUUGCAAUACAAGAUACAGUAAUUACUAACUCUGUUACUGAAAAUGAGCCUGAACCGAGUAGUUCAGAACAGGGGAGUUCUUAUGAUAUUUUAUUUGAUCAACUUAAAGAAAAUAACAAACAUAUAUUUGUUUUAAGUACAGCCGGUAAACCUAUUUACACACGGUUUGGAAACGAAAACCAAAUGGCCUCCCUCUUUGGUUUAAUGAUAGCUCUAGUGUCAGUGACCCAAGAUUCAAAUGACACAUUGCAGUCGAUUUGCUGUGGUCAGACUCGAAUAGUGUUUUUAAAUAAGGAUCCUCUUAUACUGGUCGGUGUUUCUCAAUCUUCUGAGCCUAAUGACCAAAUUAAAAAACAAUUAACAUAUGUCUAUAACAAUAUAAUUAGUACAUUGACAUUAACCCAAUUAAAAAAAAUCUUCCACAAUAGAACUAAUUUUGAUUUGAGGCGAUUAAUGAGUGGAUCUGAAAGAUUGAUCGACAAACUUAUAACGUUCACUGAGAAUGAUCCAGGAUUUUUAUUAGAUUCCAUUAGUUGUCUACAAAUGCCAUCUAGUAGCAGAGAUAAAAUAACUCAAACUAUAUUGACACAAUGCAGUAAAAUAAAAAAUUUAGUAUUUGGUUUAUUGAUUGCUCAAAAACAUGUAAUAUCGAUUGUACGUAUGAAAAAAUACUCGCUGCAUGUAUCUGAUAUUCACUUAAUAUUAAACCUAAUCAAUUCAACAGAAUCGUUUAAAACAGCAGAGAGUUGGACACCUAUUUGUUUACCUACAUUUGAUUCUAGUGGUUACAUGCAUGCUCAUAUAUCAUAUUUGGCAGAAGAUUGUCAAGCAUGUCUAGUUUUGUUAACAAUCGAUCAUAAUCUUUUUUUUGCACUAUCAGAUGCCAAAAGAAAAAUCACUGAAAAAAUGCGUUGCAAUGAUUGUCUCCAUGCAAUCAACGAAGCAAUUAUUCGCCAACCCGUCAGUUUAGCACGAGCAAAUAUUACAGGGUUACGGCAUCUUUUGUACAAGAACAAAAACCGCUCACAACACUGGUGCCCUCCAUUUACUUCCCCAUAUAAUACCACUGAACUACAACAAAACCUCAUGUCAGUAUAUAGUUCAUUGAUCAGCCAAAUGAAUUUCCCUGGGCGUACAUUGAAAGUGAUUUUUCAACAAUUAACAGCUGAAACUAUGCUUGCUUGGGCAACUGACGAUGUUGAAUUGUAUAUGAGUUUUGAGCCACUUGUUUCUAAGGAAUGUGCAACAAAUGCAGUAACUAAACUAACACAAUGGAUGAAAAAAGAAGAGGAUUCAUUAUUUAUAUUUAAUAUUCCCAUGUUUUAAAAUCAACCAUUGUAUGAAAUUGAAUCCAGAAUUUGUGAUAAUACUAAUUAUACAUUAAUAGGUAAAUAUAUAUAUAUAAAUAUACUUAAGAAUUAUAAAUAAUUGUUAUACAUUUUCAACUUUAUAAGUUCCUCUAUAUUAUAUUUCUUUAUAUCUGCAGAUAUGUUGGAAAAGUAUGUUAAAUAGAUAAAAUUAAAAAAAAAUUAAGAAUGUUAGUUAAAUAUUUUUACAGUUAGUUUUUUCAUUAAUAUUGGUAAUUAUAUGAAUUCAUACUAUUUAAGAAAAAUAUAAAUUAUUUAAACUGUGAAUAUAUUAAUAUGGUAUUAAUAACUGUCCAGGUAUAAAAUAUUGGCAUGAGAAUUGUACUUGUAUAGUUAUUAAUAUUCAAAUAUGAAUUAUAUAUUAAUUUAUUACUCACUCAAUGUAAUAUAAAUUGUAAAAUUGUGAAAUACUUAACUUAUUAUUGCAUUUAUGUUAUACUAGUGUGGUAUGAUGAAAUUUAUACAAACAAAUUAAAUUGUUAUUGUUUUUUAUAAUAACCAAAAUUAAAUUGUUAUUGUUUUUUAUAGUAACCG